AUGCACCCGUUUUCUAUUCUUGCCCUUGCGAUCUUCGUAGCCGGCUACAUUACCGCGAGGUGGGAUCUGGUCACUCGACUUUAUGAUCUUGCAAUCUUCGCCUGGGAUCACGGAGUAGUCGCUCGCACUGCGAAAGGAUUUGCGAUUCUGUCACUUUUCUUCUUUCUGUUCAUCAUCCCAGUGGAAAGGCUUGCUUCGAGGGAGACGCAAUUGCACCCAAGGUCUGGGAGUGCUGGCAUAUCUGCUAGGGAACAGCUGCGACGACGAGGAUCCUUCUAG